AUGACGGAACAAUCUAGUCAAUUCGAGUCAUUGCCCCUAACAGAGCAUGAUCUUGGAAUCCAACGGCGCCGUGGCGGCGGAUCAACAACCUCAGAAGUGUCAACUUCAGCUUCGUCACCGGGAAUCCAUUGGGAUCCUAAAAUGGAGAUCGCCCUCUUCCACGCUGUUAUGAAGAAUAAACCUGUGGGCAUGCACAAGCAUUUCCGCAUGCUUAAUAUACACAGAGACUUUAAUGCAAACAGCCCAGUAAAGCUUACAAUACCCGAACUUUGGGAGAGAUUAUCUCAGUAUUUUGCUUUGGAUUUGUUAGACGAUAUGGAGUACGAGUACGAGGACGAGGAUAAUGAAACCAAUUCGCUAACCGAAUUCAGUUUACCAAAUGAAGAAUAUGAUCAUCUUAUACCAGAUCAGAGAAAACCAUCCAUGUCAAGUGGGAGCACACCACCACCAAUACAGAUGAGGCCUGGUAGGAGGCGUGACUCUUCCCCGACACCCUCCAGUACGCCUUCCUCAGUAACAACGCCCGAAACAGAAGAGGCCGCAACAAGGAAGCCAAAGCGUCCAACGCGUGCUCCAAAGAAAUCAGAACUAAACGAACCACCCACACCAACGAGGGUGGCUGCACGUCGUGGCCGUGGCCGACGUCCAUCAGAUACUUCGGCUAAUGCGGCUACGACUACCGGUCCGACGUCUGGAGGUGUGCCUAAGCGUGGUCGGGGUAAAAAGGUUGGCCGAUGA